AUGGUGCAGGAUGUGCGCAUUUGGCAGCUGGGCCCCGGGGACUUUGGAACUUUGCGAGCGCAGUUCACCAACCUCAGGAGCAGCGCAGGGUUGAUGCGAAAUGAGGAUGAGGACUUCAGCUUUGGCUACGUGGUAGAGACCUUCUACGAUCAGCCCUCUGCCGAAGUCUUCCUUUUGGCAGGUGCUGGCACCGCCGGAGAUUUGCUGCUCUUCCGGGUGACGCUGGCGGAGGCCGUGCCAGCCGCGGUCUUCAGCUCUGGAGGUGGCAAUCCAGGCCAUAGCGGCAUCGUGCGGUCUGCGCUGUGCUUACCCGGCGGACGCGUGCUGACGGCAGGGGAGGAUGGCUGCAUUUGUGCCUGGGCAGAAGCUGGAGGUGAUCUCGAAGGUGCCAACUUUGGCCUGGAACCCACUGUUUACGGUGCGGUUCGUCCAGUUGCUGCAGGGCGUGCAAGCCCCUACUGA